CGGCGAGAAUUAGAGUUAUCUGCCCUUCACAACAGUGGCGCUGCCAUCGCUCUCUUUUCAGCCAUCGUUUUCCAAGAUGGGAGUCAGUGUGAAAGACGUCGCCCCACAGGAAUUCAACAAGGCUUUGGCUGCCUUCCUAAAAAAGUCAGGCAAGAUGAAGGUUCCAGACUGGAUCGAUAUUGUUAAAACUGCCCGUUACAAGGAGCUCGCACCUUACGAUGAGGACUGGUUCUAUAACCGUGCAGCGUCUGUCUGUCGUCACCUGUACAUCCGUGCUCCAGUCGGUGUUGGAGCUUUGGGCAAGAUAUAUGGAGGUAAGAUGAGCAAUGGAACUUGCCCCAGCCACUACUGCCGUGCCAGCCCCACAGUGUCUCGGCGUGUCCUCCAAGCCUUGGAGGGACUCAAGUUGGUAGAGAAGGACCCCAACACAGGAGGCCGUAAGUUGACCUCCCAGGGACGACGGGAUCUUGACCGCAUCGCCUCUCAAAUCAAGAGACCUGCAGGGUCCUCGGCUUCUGCAAAGAAGUGAACUGUUGACAUGUACAAAAAACAUUAAAAAAUGAAUUGUCAGGGG